AUGCUAUACAAAGCCGGUCGGCUCCAUGUGCUGUGCCCAAGCAGCGUAGCACCAGCAAGCGUCGCGGCUCUGAGGCGGUCAGCUAUUUUCUCAGCUGCAUUCCAAUCUCGAACACCAAAAAGUCGGCCAUGCCAACCUCAGCAAAAGCGAUGGCAUGCUGCAACACCAGUCUAUGAUCCCAUCUCGCCCUCCCUCUCACACUCAGAUCCUCCACAUCAUUCAUCAUCAUCACAGGCUGCAACUCUGCCUAAACCAAGCAAAACUAUCCCAGCACGCUCCUCUUCCAAAUAUUCCGAGAUUCCUCGUAAUGAGGUCGGCGUCCAGCUAUUACCUCGCAAACUUCACGAGCAAUUGUUCCCACCAACCAUGCCGUCCGUGCCCCCGAUAGAGCCCAAAGCACUUAGUAUCUGUCGUGAUCACCUCAGUCAGCAUGGCCUCAAAGCGACAGAUGCUUCUACAUUACCACAGACCUCGUUCGAUCUGCCACCAUUGCAAGGCAACGACCUCGCAGAGCAUUUCUGGAACAUCGGUAGAGACGUCGCUCAACCAUGGCUUGGUAUGGCUUUUCGACUCGCAGAUACCAGAUCUACCGACCCACCAGAGGAGCUCGAAGAUGUCAGCUCAGCCAGAGUGACUGGCGACGACUUUCGUUUCGAAGCCAGUGAAUGGCUUCAGCUCGAUCCAGCUCUCCGCACGCCCGGCCAUCUCAAACCAGUAUCGUGGUCAAUAGAGCCAGGUUGGACCAAGUAUCCAAUUCUUCGAUCAGAAGACGGCUUGGCUCAAGCACUUGGCCCCGGUGUAAGCGUACCGUAUCCAGACAAGCAAGAUGAUAUGCUUGUUUUUGAUGUCGAGACCAUGGUGCAAGAAGGCCCAUUUCCGGUCAUGGCGACCGCUGCCAGUCCCAACGCAUGGUAUAGCUGGCUCUCUCCUUGGCUUCUUCAACGUGGCCAGAAUCAUGAGCGCAAAGACCAUCUCAUCCCACUCGGUCCCAGUGGCCUCCACGACCCAGCACGUCUCGUCGUAGGUCACAAUGUCUCCUACGACCGGGCCAGGACGCUGGAAGAAUAUACGCUCGACCUCGGUUCCACUAGAUGGCUCGAUACCAUGUCUCUGCACGUCGCAACCCGCGGCAUCUCGUCGCCGCAGCGUCCAGCAUGGAUCAAGCACAACAAGGCUAAAGCAGAGAAGCGUGCCAAAAAGCUGCUCGAGCAGGCAGCAUUGAAAGAAGAGACACGCAGAGCCAUCGAGAACGCGCUUUCGGGUCUCGAGUACGAUUCGGAUCAGCUCGAAGGCCUUAAACUUGAAGGUCUGGCCGUCGACUCCGGUCAGCUUACAUCCAAUUCCAAAUCCAACGACAACGACGUAGCGGGCAACACUGACGCAGCACAAUCGCCUUCAACGCUCGAUAUGCCAUUCAGCGACGAUGAAAGUGGAGGACUCGCGUCUCAUGUCGCGCCAUCUAGCUCAUCUGAAUCGCAAUGGUUGGAAGAGACGUCGAAGAACUCACUCGCCGAUGUGGCUCGCCUGCAUCGCAUCCCAAUCAAGGUUUCUAAAGCCGCGCGAGAUGUCUUUGUCGACGGUGCGUCCCGAGAAGAGGUCUUGCAAGAUGUACAACAUCUUCUAAGCUACUGUGCCUCCGACGUUGUUGUCACCCACGAGAUCUUCCGACGCACUUGGCCCGAUUUUGCGGCGCGUUGCCCGCAUCCUGCCACAAUGGCCGGUGUCUUUGGUCUCGGAUCCACCUUUCUUCCUGUCGACGACGAAUGGAUCGACUAUCAGAGACGCUGCGACGAGCAGUUCAAUUGUAUCAACAACCAAGUGCAAAAGUGUCUCGUAGAUCUUGCAGAAAAGCUUCGAGACGACGGCACCAAGGACAUACCGUGGAGUUUGGCGGCCAAGAUUGCCGAACAACGGCGGCUGCUCACGGAUCCGGAGCAGCACGAGCCUGUCUUUUCCGAUCCAGCUCGCGCACGAGCUUGGUGGGAGGACGAUCCGUGGUACUCACAGCUGGAUUGGACACCCAAGAAGCCCAAGAAGCCCAAGGUGGUAGAUGCAGACGGUAACACUAGCUCUCGGUCCGAUUUCUCGGUACCUGCAUGGUAUCGUGACGGCGUCAUUCGAAACAAGACCAAAGACGGCUUUUCUCCCAAAAGCGUCAUUGCACAGCAGCUGUUGCGUCUAACGAUCGAUGGAAAAGCGGUCCUGCGAAGUGAUGGGCGCACCUGGAGACUAGAGGAUGGUACACCGUUGGUCGGAACCAAUCUGUUUGCGGCAACAGCUCUCAAAAAGUACGGCAACAGGAUGUCGAGCAAUGCAGGCCCCACCGGCUCGGCAAUUCUGUCCGCCAUCAUCAGUGGCGAGUCUGCCGCGUCCGCCCAUCUCAACAGCCAGCUGCGCGAACUCGCUGACUCUGUCAAGCAAAUGUGUGACGAAGAGGUACAAGCCAACGCACAGCUUGCGCAGCUCGACUGGUCGUCCAAAGACAUCAGGCUUGACGAGCUCAACGCCCUUCAUGGUGUCAGCGACGAGUCGGCGGCUAAAACGACUGGCACUGAGCCUGUCGGUGCGAAAGCGAUGGCCGAACCAGCCUGGUGGCCCAAAUGGUACUGGGACCUGUAUAAAAGUGCGACUGGAGAGCUGCAGGUCACGAUUCGCUCCGCCAUUGCGCCCAUCUUGCUCAAGAUCUCGUGGAGAGGAUGUCCGCUCUAUCGCAGUCGAGAACACGGCUGGGUCUUCCGCCACGAUCCUUCUGAUCGUCACAAGCUCGUGACCCGACAGACCCCGCUCGCAUUUGGAACGACUGCCGAUGGCUUGCUCCAACACCUGGCGGCGCCUGUGGAGGUGAGAGCGGCCAAGUCGAAAACGCGAAUAGCAAAAGCGAAGGGCUCUUCAAAGGCGGACAAAGACGCUGCUGCUCUCGUGGUCAAGGCCUAUGGAACGUCCAUCUUUUACAAGGUGCCUCACAGCGAAGGAGAAAGUGCCAAUGUGGGAAGUCCGUUUGCCAAGUCAUUCAUUGCCUACUUUGAGGACGGUACGCUCGAGAGCCGCCACCCGGACGAAGUUGGCCGCACCGCAGCAAGGACAGCCUUGGAGCUCAACGCACAGUGUAGCUACUGGAUCGCAGUUCGCGACCGCGUCCAUAAGCAGAUGGUGGUUUGGGAUGGCCAGGCUGACACUACCAUGCGCUAUCCAAGCGGAGCGUCAGGAGCACGUCAGGACAAGCAAGGCGAAGCAGAUCGCAAGAAAGGGCUCAUCCUUCCGCAGGUCGUCAGCAUGGGCACAGUGACUCGCCGUGCCAUCGAAAACACCUGGCUCACCGCCAGCAAUGCCAAGAAGAACCGCGUCGGCUCGGAACUCAAAGCCAUGGUCAAAGCGCCUCCGGGCUACAGCCUUGUCGGAGCGGAUGUCGACUCUGAGGAACUCUGGAUCUGCAGUGUCAUGGGAGAUGCACAGUUCGGCAUCCAUGGCGCUACAGCUGUCGGCUGGAUGACACUCGAAGGAACAAAGGCACUCGGCACUGACCUACACUCCAAGACAGCAUCGAUCCUUGGCACAAGUCGUAAUCAAGCCAAAGUGUUCAACUACUCACGCAUAUACGGCGCAGGUAUCAAACAUGCCACCCACCUGUUGCUCAAAGCAAACCCGAGCGUCAGCAAUGAAGAGGCGACGCAAAAAGCCAAAGAACUCUACAUGGCCACCAAGGGUCAGAAUACGCAUACGGACGAAUUCUUUGGGGCCAAAUUCUGGUUCGGUGGCACGGAAAGCUACGUCUUCAACAAGCUUGAGAGCAUUGCGCUCUCUGACAAUCCCAAGACACCAGCGCUCGACUGUGGCGUAACCAACGCGUUGACCAAAAAAUUUCUGGGCAAGGUCGAUUUUGGCAACGGCCGUUUGUCGGAAGAAUACAUGCCAAGUCGAAUCAACUGGGUCGUACAGAGCAGUGGUGUUGACUACCUGCAUCUGCUGAUCACUGCGAUGGAGUGGCUCUCGAAGCGAUACAGCAUUGAUGCCAGAUUCAUGCUCUCGGUUCACGACGAGGUGCGAUACCUGGUCAAAGACCAAGACACGUACCGAGCCGCGUUGGCUCUGCAGAUCGCCAAUAUUUGGACACGUGCCAUGUUUGCUUUCAAACUUCAGAUGGAUGAUCUGCCGCUCGGAUGUGCUUUCUUUGCACAGGUCGACAUCGACAAGGUGUUGCGCAAAGAAGCUGAUGAUCCGUGUGUUACGCCAUCCCACCCCGAAGCGAUCCCGGUCGGUGUAGCGCUGGACAUUGAGCAAAUCCUCCAACAGACUAAAGGUGUGCUCUCCAAAGAUGGCUCAGCAAACUCGCAGGACAACGCAACGCUAGCCAGUGAAAGGCACGAUGGCGGCGCUUUCCCCCCAUAUGUUCCGUCCACGCAGGUACAUAGAUCUCUCGGCGAGCGUGGCCUGUACUUCUUGCAAGCACAGGCGUCGAAAGAACUGGCCGAAAUCCGGGCGUUGGAAGCACGCUCAAAGAUGGCCGAGCGAGACCCUAAUGCUCCGCAGAAGCCUGUUCGAAGACCACGACCGCGGACUGUCGCCGCGGGAGAAGCUGGUCAAGGAUUUGCCUUUGCCUCCACCGGAUCAAGGAGCGCUGCUCCGCAGUCGAGCACGUUUGACGAGGAUGCAUGGAUUCAGACGUGCGUCGAGGAGGCUGAAGCGACGAAGCCAGGACGGCAACGUCAUUCUGCUGUUGAUCAAGUUUCCAGCACGAGCUCAAGAAGUGGGGCACGGUCGAUUGCUAGAAAGCCCGCUAACCCAGUGUCGACUCAUGCGGUGCCGAGGAAAGCUGGCUUUUGCACCCGUGCUGCUGUUUCGACACAGACUCGGGAUGGGACGAAGCAAGUCGCUGAGAACUUGCGCCAAGCGAACGCCGAGGCGCUCUUCUUUGCAGCCUUCAUUCCUCGACGUCCACCGAGGAGAGAGACGCCAUUCUUUCGCCAAGCAACGCAUCGACGGCUGAUACUCUGGCAGCUGUAUCGACCGCUCCUGCGACAAUGUCCCGCCUCAUGCCCCGAGCUCAAGCUUGAGAUCCAACGUAUCGUGCGAAAGAUGAAAGCCCUGACCUCUGAGACCAAGGUGGCUACGCUCAUUCAAGAAGCGCAUGCUCUCUUGCGAAUGUUUCAGCUUGCCAACGACAGGGAUGACGCCGCUAAAUCUGCGCUUGAUACUCGAGAGACAGCCUUAGCGGACCGAAACCAUCGACGGUCGUGGAACGAGUUCUGGGCACGCAAGGUGCACGAGCAAAGAUAUCCUAAACGGAUCGCGCAUCACUCUGGCGCACUGUUGCCACCUACUAUCUACAAUCGGCCUCUACCGCGAUACAAGCCCGUGCAGCCUACGUCGAUCAGUAUGAUGAUCUAUCGUCGACGGGUAGCGCGCCUACGGAGAUCGGAACGACAGAUGGAGGUCAACGAGUUGCUAGCUGCUCAACGCAUGGAGAGCAAUGUCGUCGUACAGUUACUCAACGGCCAGCGAGGCGCUCUGAAAGCCAGUCAUGCCGAAAUGGCGUUUGAAGAGCUGUUGCGAGAUGAACAGAGGCGCAUUCAAGACGCGUUUGAGCGCGAUCAUGCCAGGUCGUUGAUGAAGUUCGACACAAAGACGCUCGUGAUGGCAAACAGAGCGAGAAGGGCCAAAAAGAGAGUUCAUCUCGCCAGGAAAUAUGCUGCGGCGAUGGAGGCGUGGAGAAGCGCCGAGACGAACAAGAAAGAUGACUCUGAUAGUAGCGUGUAG